AUGAGAGAAUUGAGGCUACAAACAGAAAGAGUCGAGACAGCGCUAACUUCAACUCCCGUGUGUGAAAAACGUAUUGAAUUUGAUAGUCACAGUUCGCGCUUAGUUUCGACUCUGAAUGUAACCGUUGAUUCCCUGGUACUCAAACGGCGCUAUGCAACUGAAAUGCCAACGAGAAAUCCCCAUGAAUUAUUGUCACAUCAUUCCCCACAGCAACAUGCAAAGCUCGAAUGCUGUCCUCACGCGGCUAGCAAAGCCCGAAUAUUCCUUGGCGUCGAUUGGCUGUUUAGGUGCUUGGUGGUAUAUCUCAGGGCGUUUAACAAAGGUUCCGCUUUGGGUGGAGGCUGCUGUUGGAGGAAUUUGACACAUCCUUUAACAUCCACUGAAGAGGAACGGCAGAAGGCACCCGAGGGAUGUACCCAGUCGUAG